UCAUAGUUUCUUUUCGAAGAAAAUUAAUCAAAAUGCUUCAUGAAUCUUUGAAUCUGAUUCUGUACAACAGAAAAGGUGGGUUCAUUUCAGAUUGACAAAGUGCGAAAGUUGAACUGAAAUCGAGAUGAAAACAAUUCUCCACCUCAUUAUAGUGAGUGCGUUAUCUUUUGUACUGAAUGGACACUCGGAGCAUUCCCAAUCGGCCAUCACAUCAACAUUUUCGGACCAUAACGUUAACGAUUUAUUGCACCGCAAGGAAUUUCAGCCAUUUUCCGGACUAGAUAAGGCUUGUAGCAACGAGAACGAGAAGGCCUUGUACAAUCAUUUGACGAGGGAGGGAGACCAAGAUAGCAGCAUCGAGUCCAUAACCAUUGGCUUUCUUGGUGCCUAUGGUUCCACUCAAGUAGUGCUAGGGGCUCUGCCUCUAGCAGUCGAGGCAGUGAACAAAGAUGCAGGUAUGAAAUGA